GGACAUGAUACUGACGGGCCGCCAGACCGGGGUUUGAGACGGAAAAUAAAGCAAAAACAAUACGAUUCCUUCAAAUUCUUUAGCUAGAUAAUAUUUUUAUAGAGCACUAGGCACUUAUAAUAAAAAUUUCAUAAUGGAUGACGAUGCAGAAACUUACAAACUUUGGCGAAUCCGUAAAACUGUCAUGCAGCUGUGUCAUGAUCGAGGGUAUCUAGUAACACAAGAUGAAUUGGAUCAAACAUUGGAACAAUUCAAAGAACAGUUUGGAGAUAAGCCAAGUGAAAAGCGGCCUGCUAGAAGUGAUCUAAUUGUGCUUGUGGCUCAUAAUGAUGAUCCCACAGAUCAAAUGUUUGUUUUCUUCCCCGAUGAAGCCAAGAUAGGAAUUAAAACCAUAAAAACAUAUUGUACUAGAAUGCAAGAAGAAAAUAUUCAUAGAGCUAUAGUUGUAGUGCAAGCAGGCAUGACACCAUCAGCAAAACAAUCUCUUGUAGACAUGGCACCAAAGUAUAUUUUGGAGCAAUUUCUUGAAUCAGAGUUAUUAAUCAACAUAACAGAACAUGAAUUAGUUCCAGAGCAUAUUGUGUUGACCCCUGAUGAAAAACAGGAGUUGCUAGCGAGAUAUAAAUUAAAAGAAAAUAUGUUGAUGAGAAUUCAAGCUGGUGAUCCUGUUGCAAGGUAUUUCGGACUGAAGAGAGGGCAGGUGGUGAAAAUCAUUAGAUCAUCGGAGACAGCCGGUAGAUACAUUUCGUAUAGAUUAGUUUGUUAGAUACAUUAUAAUAUUAUUUUAAAGUUAAGUACCUAAUAAUAAAUUCCAUUUUCAUAUUUUAAG